AUGGUGUAUGGUAUGAUGUCUGGUGAAGAAGAAGAUUCUACAAAACAGAAGCAGGAACAGAAGAAAACUGUAUCAUUCAGUAGCAUACCUUCAGAAAGAAAAAUUAACAAUGCCAGUGAUUGUAUCAGUUUCAUGCAAGCUGGCUGUGAGCUGAAGAAAAUACGUUCAAAUACUCGAAUCUAUAAUCGCUUUUUUACUUUAGACCUUGACCUUCAGGCUUUGCAUUGGGAACCUUCCAAGAAAGAUCCUGAAAAGGCUAAACUUGAAAUUUCUUCUCUUAAAGAGAUCCGAGUUGGAAAAAACACAGAGACUUUCAGAAGUUGUGCAGUUGUGGAUCAGAUUUGUGAAGACUGUUCCUUCUCCUUAAUAUAUGGAGAAAACUAUGAGUCUUUGGAUUUGGUAGCCAGUUCUGCAGAUGUUGCUAAUAUCUGGGUUACAGGUCUCCGUUACGUCACUUCACAUAACAAGCAAAUUUUGAAUUUGAUAGACGGGAACCAAAAUACACUAAGAACCACAUGGCUCCAUUCAGUGUUCGACCAAAAUAUUCUGGGUGGUAAUGGAAUUAUGUUGGAAGAUGAAGCUGUGAAGUUGAUAAUGCAACUCAGUCAAGGUUUGAAAGAAUCAAAAGUCAGAAUUAAGUUUAGAGAGUUCCAAACUGAUAAAGGGAAACUAGCCAGCUGGGUAACAAAGGAGGAGUUUACUGACAUUUACUAUGAUCUUUGCACUAGGCCUGAGGUGUAUUUCUUGCUUGUGCAAAUUUCUAGGAAUAAAGAGUUUUUGGAUGCCAAAGACUUGAUGUUUUUUUUAGAAACUGAACAAGGAAUGAUAAAUGCAACUGAAGAAAUGUGCCUUGAUCUUAUACGGAGGUAUGAGCCUUCAAAGCAAGGCCAGCUGAAUGGUAAUCUCAGUAUUGAUGGCUUUACUCGGUACCUGAUAUCACCAGAAUGCAAUAUAUUUGAUCCAGAGCACAAUAAAGUCUGUCAAGAUAUGACUCAGCCUCUAUCCCAUUACUAUAUCAAUGCAUCUCACAACACCUAUAUUACAGAAAACACCAGUAGAAGUCCUUCUGAUCUGCUUGGAUAUGUUAGGGCCUUAAAGUUGGGCUGCAGAAGUAUUGAACUUGAUGUGUAUGAUGGUCCAAAUGAGCCAGUUGUCAGUAAACGCAACAAUGUGACCUCACCAAUCAGCUUCAAUAAUGUCAUUAAAGUAGUUAAUCAGUAUGCCUUUGUAGCUUCAGAGUACCCUUUGAUUAUGUGUUUGCGAAAUCACUGCUCAGUAGGGCAACAAAAAAUCAUGGCACAAAAACUGAAAAUGAUCCUUGGAAAUAAAAUAUUUACAGAACCACCAAAUUCAACACAAAGCUACCUCCCAUCACCUGAGAAGUUGAAGAGGAAAAUUAUCUUGAAGGGAAAGAAGUUGCCACAAAACAUUGACUUGUCCGAAGGUGAUGUGACAGAUGAAGAUGAAGAAACAGAAGGUUCCCGAAGUUUAACAGAUACUUUUUUUGUUAGUAAGCGGACUAUUCGUCUUUGUAGGGAGCUGUCUGAUUUGGUUACUCUAUGUAAAACUGUACAAUUCAGCAGUUUUCAUAAUUCAAUGGAGAAGCAGAAAUACUGGGAAAUGUGCAAUUUCAGUGAACCUGAAGCACGUACGUUGGCAAAUGAAUAUCCAGAUGACUUUGUGAACUACAAUAAGAGAUUUCUGUCACGAGUGUAUCCUAGCCAUUUGGGUUUAGAGUCCAGCAAUUUGAAUCCACAGGAAUUCUGGAAUUGUGGCUGCCAACUUGUAACCAUCAACUAUCAGACCCCUGGUCCAAUGUUGGAUCUUAAUAUCGGUUGGUUUCGACAGAAUGGGUGUUGUGGAUACGUCCUACGGCCUGCAGUUAUGCGUGAUGAGGUGUCCUAUUUCAAUGCGUACCUUAAAGGAAUAGUUCCAGGAUCCUUACCUCAGGUUCUACAUAUAAAAGUUAUUAGUGGUCAGAUGUUUCCAAAGCCUAGAGGUUCUGGUACAAAAGGAGAUGUCAUCGAUCCAUAUGUGUAUGUAGAAAUUCGUGGCAUUCCUGCAGAUUGUGCAGAAGUGAGGACGAAGACUGUUCACCUGAAUGGAGAGAAUCCUAUUUUUGAUGAAAGUUUUGAAUUUGAAAUCAACCUGCCUGAGCUUGUAACAGUUCGAUUUGUUGCUUUAGAUGACGACUACAUUGGGGAUGAAUUUAUUGGCCAGUACACUAUCCCAUAUGAGUGUUUACAGUCUGGUUAUCGACAUAUUCCUUUACAUUCAUUCACUGGGGAAGAAAUUGAACUCGCUACGCUUUUUGUUCACAUUGCAAUAACAGACCGAAGAGGUGGUGGAAAGGCUCACAAGCGUGGAUAUUCUGUCAGAAAAGGGAAGAACACAAUAAAAUACACAAUGCUAAGGAAUACUGGGAUCAAGGUUAUUGAUGAUACGUUCAAAAUUGCAGGCCAACCAUUACGAGAAGCUGCAGAUAUCAGAGAAAAUGUGCAGAAUGCCAUAGUAUCCUUUAAGGAAAUAUGUGCCUUAGCUCCUACUGCCAAUCUGACUCAAUGCAUACUGACUAUGUCAUCAAGAUUACUGAACAAUGUCAACACUUCUGCAGUAACACUCAGCAUGCAGGACAACUAUCCCUAUUUGGAACCAAUGGAAACGCUAUCAGAUGCACAAAAGAAGGUUCUGUCAUCGUAUGACCUGAAAAUUCUCAAACAAACCAAAGAAUAUUGCAACGCAGUUGGAAGUGAGGCAUCCACAAAGAGAAGAAAACAAUUUUCACCAUGA